UACUCAAGGGCACACUAGUGGUGGUGUUCCUAACUCACAACCUUCCGAUCUUCACCCCACCUCACUAUCCAUUAGACCACCACUAUCCGACUAUCCACUAUAGAUACAUUGUUUACAAGGUUUUGUGAAUAGAGCCUUAAACAUAUUAACACGAUUUAUAUGUGCGAGAUUUGGCAGCACACACUAAUUUAUUUUGCCAAUUUGAGUCUGAGUUGGAGUACAGCAAAGCACAGGAACGGAGGACACAACUUAAAGAGGACCACGGGAGAUUAAUUCAGGAGGAGGUGGAGAAGAUGGAGAGAGACUUGGCUCAGGAACAGCUACCGACAGAAGGCCCCCAGAGAGAGCUGCUGGUGCUGAGCGGAGAGAGGAGGGUCCUGGUGCUGCAGAUGGAGGCCCUGCGCGACGAGGCCCAGCAGGCUGAGACCGACCUGCAGAAUCUAUAUCAGAAACACCAAACAGAGCUGCACUGUCUCAGAGAAGAGAGCCUGCAGGUGUUCAGAGUGUUUCGUCAGGUGUGUGAGGAGCAGAGGAGGAUGUCUGAGGACAGGUACCGGAGCGUGCUGCUGGAGGCGGUGCAGGACGCCGUCUACCUGUCGGCCCAGAACCAGCAGCUGCAGGCGGACAACAGACAGCUCCGUAAAGCACUCGGAGAGUUAAAGGAUACUCUAGCUGUGCGAGGUGGUCCUACUGCUGAACUGUCAUCACAACUGCAAUAAAUAUAUGAAUUAAAUGUC